UCAGAGCAGCAAACUCUUCCAGGGCGCUGGGUCUUUGUCUCGGAGGCUUGGAGGCUCAGCCGCCCACGGUUUGAGAGCACUUCUGCGUGCCCGGUCGCCUUCCGUCAGAGGGGCUGAUGUGUGCGGUGGUGCCUUUUUUUGGGAUCCUCUGAGUGGGGCCGUGGGGCCAACAGCUUCGCCCCUCUCCCCGCGCUCUUCCAGAAAACUAUGGGGGCAGGAGCGCUCACCAUCUGUCACAACAGGGCGGCCGUGCACAUCAAGGAGGACAUGAAGAGGAUGGCACAGCUGCCCCUGAUCCGGGCCAGGCCCGCCGACGGGAGGAAGGUUUUCGGGGUGUCCCUGUCGGAGCUGGGGGAGGUGGGGCUGCUGAGAGAUGGGAUACCCCUGCCCGUGAGGAGCAUGGUGGAGUUCCUGAGGGAGCACGCUCUGCAGCAGGAGGGCCUGUUCCGGGUCAAUGGUAACGUGAGGGCUGUGGAGGGGCUGAGACUCAGGUUCGAGAGCGGAGGGGAGGUGGACCUGCGGCAGGAGGAGGACGCCUGCACGGUGGCCAGCCUGCUGAAGCAGUUCCUCAGAGACCUGCCAGGGGGCCUCAUCACCGCGUCUGUACAGCCUGGCCUACUGCAACUGUACCAGGAGUGCGGUGGAGAUCAGUCCAGAGCCAUAAAGGAGAUUCUGCGGCAGUUGCCUGAUCUUCACUACAACCUGCUGAAGUACCUGUGCCUCUUCCUCACCCAAGUGGAGUCUCGUCACCUGGACAACCGCAUGACCGCGCUCAACUUGGCCACCGUGUUCGGGCCCAAUGUCUUCCAUGUUUCUCCAGGGUUCGAUGGGAUUAAGGAACAGAACUUGUGUAACAAAAUCAUGGUGAAACUCAUCCAGAACUACAGCGCCAUUUUUGAGAGUGAUGUCAACGUUGAAGACCCCAAAGAGAACUGUUCGGACGUCAUCACUGUCAAGGAGGCUCAGGAGAACAGAGCAGAGCUGAAGUCACCUGCUGACAAGGUGCCCACUCCCAGAAAGAAAAAGGCUGCACUGAGCACCCAGACUGAAAAUGUGGAUUUGCUUGGAGAAUCCGCCACUGAACCCCCGACACCCACCCCAAGGAAAAAGAAGACUGCCCAAAUCGCAAAGCCUGAAAACGUGGAGCAAUCAGCCAUAGAAAUCCUCACAUCUACUCCCAGAAAAAAGAAGACCACACGCAGCACACAGGCUGAAAACCUGGAUCCUGUCGAGGAAUCGGGCGAGGAAAUUCUGACCUCCACACCUAGGAAAAAGAAGGUGAGGAAGGUGCGGUGUGAGGAAGCAUCGCGAGACGUGCCCCAGCCCGUUCGGUCCGAGGGUCUUCCGCAGCUCCGCGUUCCCGUGCCCAGGGCUAGGAAUCGGGAGGAGAUGGAGACGUCCAGCGAUGACGUCACCGCUGUCAGAGUCAAAGAGAGUCUGAGCAGCUUACCGGAGAGUGAGAGGCCAAUAUCUCCAUUCUACAUGAGCUCCCCCUGCUCUGCCACCCAUCGGAAGGCUGACUCAGCACACUUCCUGGAGAGGACGAUCCGAUUGGCCGUGGAGCAGCACCUCUUCGAUACGCAGGCCGGGUCAGGGUUAGCUCCAAGCUCUGGUUGGCCAGCUGGCAGGUGCAGCAUAGACAAGGAGAACAUCCCCUCAUCGACUGGGAAUGGGGUCUCACCGGAUGGGGAGAGGAGACACGGAGGGUCCAAUCACAGCCACGAUCCCCGCACUCCGAGGGCACUUCGUCAUGGCAACCCCUCCACUGUGAGGUCACAUCGCCAUGACAGCCAGGAACCCUUCACUGUGAGGUCACAUUGCCGUGACAACCAGGACCCCCUCACCGUGAGGUCACACCGCUGUGACAACCAGGACUUCCUCACUGAGCGUUUUUGUGAAUCAAGUUCACAAAAGACGAGAGACGGCGACAGUAUGGAAUCGUCAUUUGAGAGAAGCGAUCGCCCAGAAAGAGACUCGGGACUGUUCCCACAGAGUUUGCCCAUGAAGAUCCAGGAGAUUUCGGGGAACCGGGAGCCUGGCAGGGGGUCCAGGAUGGGAGAUCUGGAGGGGUGUGAGGGGCUGCCAGCUCUGACCCAGCACAGUGGCUGGGGAGACGAUCCUCCCGUCUUUACCGUACCUGUCCUUGAUUUCAAAACCAUUUGUCAGCAGAGUUACUAUGCGGAGCCGGUCACAGCUGACUGUUCCUGGCAGCGGGAGAACAUGGACCGGGAGGAGGCCCGCCUCUCCCCCCACGUAGGGGGGCGGCUGAUUCAGCAGCUGCUGGAGGAGGACAGCGACCCCAUGCUCUCCCCUCGUUCCUAUGGUUACGGACACUGUCCGCAGUACCUGGAUGACACUGAGGUCCCUCCCUCCCCACCCAACGCUCACUCCUUCAUGAGUCGGCGGAGGAGCUCGUCUCUGGGCUCCUGUGAGGAGGAGCGGGUGGUGCUCUCCGCCGCCCAGCUCUCCAAGAAGCUCCACAGCCUGAAGAAGAAGAUCAGCCGAUUCGAGGAGAAGUUUGAGGAGGACAGGAAGUACAGGCCGUCUCACAGUGACAAAGCCGCGAACCCGGAGGUUCUGCGAUGGAUGAACGAGCUCUCCAAGCUGCGCAAGGAGCUGAAAGAGCACAAAAUCCACAAGUCGGAGGAGGACCUGCCCCCCCUGUCCCGCCCGCGCAGCAACACGCUGCCCAAAAGCUUCGGCUCGCAGCUGGACAAAGAGACCAAAGAGAAGGUGGAGCCCGAGAAGGAGCCCGUCCCGGCAGUGGAGAGCACUCUGGAGUCCGUUCAGAAGACGCUGCAGGAGAGGAGGGAGGAGGACGGGAGACCCGAGGACAUUAAGGAUAUGACACGGGAGCAGAUUGGGGCGGAGAAAGUGGCCCUGCAGAAGGCUCUGCUGCACUACGAGAACAUCCACGGGAGGCCGGUGACAAAGACCGAGAGGGAUAUAAUGAAGCCUCUGUAUGAUCGCUAUCGUCUGGUCAAGCAGAUUCUCUGCCGAGCGUCUACCAUCCCUAUCAUUGGCUCCCCCUCCAGCAAACGCAGAGGUCUUCCGCUGCCGCCCAUUUUAGAGGGCGAACCGGCACAGUUCUUCGAUGAAAUUAAGGAGGAAGAGGAGGGCUCCGAGGACGAUGGCGACUCCCAGACCCACAUCAGCGGGACCUUCAGGCCGGAGCUGAGUGUGGUGGGAUUCUCCCUGGCCAUCGACGAGCUGGCGCCCCCCAAGAACAGCGCGGACACCCGGCUCUCCAACCUGCACUCGGCCACCAUGCAGGAGCUGGUAGAGCAGCUACAAGAGGCUCGCGAGGAGAAGAAGAGUAUCCGCAAGAACCUCAGAGAGUUUGAAGAUCAGUUCUUCAGGGAAAAUGGAAGAAACGUGCAGAAGGAGGACCGUUCCCCGCUGGCCCAGGAGUACAACGAGUACAAGCACAUCAAAGCCAAGCUGCGGCUGCUGGAGGUUCUCAUCAGCAAAAGAAACUCGUCCAAGUUCAUCUAGGGGCUGGAAAAAAAGCGGCCGAGACCGCAUCUGAAAUAAUAAUCUGCCAGCUACUGAAGGCCGUGCUAAUGCCAACCGAGGAACCCUAUCUCUGCAAAACUCUGUGGAGCAUCAGGGAGAAGCAUUAGGAGCUGAACUCUGUUUUAUGAAUGGAGUCACGACAUUUGGCAGAAGAAGCAUGGAGGCUUAUAGCCCUCGUUAGCAUUCAUUGGAGUCCCAGUGUUUCUGAUGAUCUGCUUUUCCAACAGUAAGCAAAAAAGAAAAAAAGAAAAUGAGCUUCUGAUCAAUAGAACUCACAGAACAUUUUUAGUGUGCAGCUAACAAGAUACUCCCUCCAGCAACUUGCAGUCGUUUUCUUGAAAUAAUUUUAAAGAACUCACAUUUCUGUUAUUUGUUUUUCCAUUUGAUUGCGGAUGUAUUGAUUGAAAAACACGCUGAAUCAAUUUCUGCUUUUUUUUUGUUCUGACUGCUGACGGUGCGUACAGGUCUUAAAACGUUUGCGUUGAGGUUCAUAGGCAAAUUUUAUAUAAUUUAUUGCAAAUUUCACUGUGAUGGUGAGAGUUUUGUAACCAGUGAAUACUAUGAUGAAAGGAUACUUUUAUACAUUAUUUUCCGAUGCUAUAUUGCUUGCAGGAUAUCCAAGGAUAACAGACUGACCUGACGCUAAUUUAAAUUUUGUGAUUAGUGCCAUAUCUCCAGGGAUGAAGCUAAUUAUUAAAACGCCAUGAUUAUGUGAUAUUUUCGCACAAAUUUUCAUGUUCAAAAUACGUUUUUUUAAAAAUAUUGUCAAAGUGACAGAAAUUUUGUUUUAGGAAGUGCUAAGACAGUGGUUUUGUCCCGUUUUGUCUUGUGAUCCAAAGAAUAUAUUGUUGCUGCACUGCAAGCCAAAAUUGAUAUGAAUGUUGCUAACUUAUUUGUCACGACGAUAACAGUAUAUCCUGCUUCACGCCGAUUAUGGCGCCAUGCGUAAUUCCACGCAUGGAACGGCUUGUUUUAUUUAUGGUCUGUCCUCAUCUCAGGUGAUUCUUACGCCCUGCUUGCAGGGAAACGUGUUGCCGAAAUUUGUGCACGCGUGUUGUAAACUGCGUGCAGCGCCAAGAGUACAUGCAGCACGCCCCAAUCCUGUUUCCCCGCGUGUGUUUCGCCUUGUACGGAGCUGUCUCACGCUCCCAGUGUGCAGGUGUUGAGCAAGGGCGUACAACUUCCUGCUCUCAGCGUUUGCAACGCCGCGUCCUCUUAUUUGUUGGUUGUAAAUAUGGAUCCAGGUCUACAUUUACACAAGUGCGAGAAGGUACUUUUUGUUCCAAGGGGAUAAUUUACAGUGUGACUUCAUUUUCUGAAUGCAAACACUGACGGAAUUCUAAAUGUGUGUACAUUCUAGUACAUGACUAUUGUAUAUGUAUAUAUAUAUAUGCCCGUACAAAUAUAAAUGCAGAUAUUUUUGUUUUAA